AUGGCUGCUCCUGUUAUUGCUGACCUGCACAAGCCUCGGCCUUACACCCCCAGCCUCUGGGGCGACUUCUUCCUCAACCACAGUCCAUGCACUCCAUCACAGUAUUCGGCUACGAAGGACAUGGCAAGUAUCAGGAAGGAGCGGGUGAGAAAGAUCAUCUUGGCCGCCAUAUCUUCUUCUGAUUUACCUAUGAAGCUGGAGCUUGUCGACAUGCUGGAACGGACUGGCGUGGCCUAUCACUUUGGCAAAGAGAUCCAAGAGUUACUAUGUGGCAUGCAAGGUGACGAACAAGGCUUUGGUGACGACCUCCACAUAACCGCGUCGCGGUUCUAUUUGUUGAGGAAGCAUGGGUACCACGUCUCUCCUGAUGUGUUUCUGAAGUUCAGAGAUGAUGGAGGAAACUUUGCAAGUAAUGAUGUGAACUCAUUGUUGGCACUGUACAAUGCGGCCUAUCUUAGGACUCGUGGGGAAGAAGUGUUGGAUGAUGCUAUUAUUUUCACCAAGAGCCGUCUACAAUGCAUGUUAGAACAUCUAGAACCGUGGUUGGCAGAAGAGGUCCGGUGUACACUGGAGACACCUAGUUUCAGGAGAGUUGAGAGAGUGGAAACUAGACGUUAUGUCCCGGUGUAUGAGAAGAAGUCAACACGAGAUGAAGACAUAUUGGAGUUUGCUAAGUUUGACUUCAACAUUUUGCAAACACUCUAUUGUGAGGAGUUGAAAGCUCUUACUAUUUGGUGGAAAGGCUUCAAAUCACAAAUGGAUAUAAAAUUUGCACGAGACAGAAUGGUGGAGCUACACUUUUGGAUACUUGGAGUUGUCUAUGAGCCGCAAUAUUCCUAUUCACGUGUAAUGCUAACAAAACUGCUCGUAUUUGUGUCGUUAUUUGAUGACUUCUAUGACAACUAUAGCACCACAGAAGAAAGCAACAUCUUCACCGCAGCCAUGGAAAGGUGGGGUGAACAAGCUGCAGAGAAUUUACCAGCAAACUUGAAGGCAUUGUACAUCAACAUACUUAACACUACAAAUGAUAUCGAGGAAGAGUUAAAGCAUCAGAAAAAUAAGAAUGCUGAAUUGGUAAAAGAUUUGGUAAUCCAUGUGGCCAAAUGCUAUCACGCUGAGGUGAAAUGGCGUGACGAACACUACGUACCAACUAGUGUUGAAGAGCAUCUGCAAAUUUCAGUGCGCAGCAGUGCUUGUAUGCAAAUAAUAAGCUUUGUAUUUAUUUCGCUGGGUGAUGUGACUACAAGAGAGGUUCUUGAGUGGGCUUUAACCUAUCCAAAAAUUAUCAGAUCUGUAUGCAUUAUUGGGCGCAUUGGCAAUGACACGGUGUCACAUGAGGGUGUAAAUGGAGCUCUUUUUGUUGAUCCUAAAAGUAGGGAAGCAAUAUCUAUGGAUGCCACUGUUAUUGGCCCUAGUGCCCCUGCGGGGGCAAGACUUCUAUCUAGAUCCUAUCAAACUGCCACAUUGGCAAAAUCCCUAGGCAGGGGGAUUCCAAAUGCAAUAGCCAUCACGACCACCUCAAAUCCAACCAGCAAUGGUCAUGUGGAGCGUGAACAAAUAUCACAACAUGUGACAUCCACGGUGCAAACUUGUACAAAAGAGCACGGGAUAACGGUAGCAGAAGCCAAUGAGAAGCUCAAGGUGAUAAUUGAAGAAGCAUGGAUGGACAUAGUCCGCGAAUGCCUCCACAAAAGACAGCCAAUGGUGCUUCUAGAGAAGGCAACCGAUCUUGCCCGGACAAUGGAUUUUAUGUACAAGCAUGAAGAUGCGUUUACCCUCCCGUCUAGUCUCAAAGAGACCUUAACUUCACUUUAUGUGAAUUACAUAUGA